UCAGGGAAAAUAUAAAGAAUCUGGGAAACGGAAGCAUGAACAGCAGAGGAGGUCAUGUUAUGGAUCCACACUCUGGGUUCCAGGGCAGGGAAGGGCUCCACUCCGAGAUGAAAAAGGACAGAUCAAGAACUGCAAAGACUUGGGUGGAGCGGGGCAGGGCAGGGGGUGUUCAAGCAACAGAGACUGUCUCAGGCUUGCUCAAGAGAGUUGGGACUGGGGACAGCUACAGGUGGAAAGAAUCCUACAAAGAGGGGCCAACAAGGGCCAUAAAGCAAGAAGGUCCUUCCGAGCACCAGGAAGUCCAGGGAUCAUGGGUCGCCACCCGUCAGAUGACGCCUGCUGGUUGCCUCACUUCUGGCUCUAUGUCCUGUCUGCGUUUGCUGGUUUCUACAUCUAACUGGUGCCUGGAUAGACCCUCCUCCACUGAGUGGCCAUUCUUAUUUCAUAGCUUUCUCUACACCCCCUUUCUGCAUCCCCUUCCAUUUCUCCCUGAUGAACUCCCUACAUAUUUCCCAAUUUCUGGUCCUGCAAACAAGAACCGGACUGAUUAUUCUUGAUUCAGGGGACACUCUGGUUUCAAUUGGCUCUUACUUAUUCCACUGAGGAGUUACCAGACCUCCAGACACGACUGUAUGGUGAUGGCACCCUAGGCAACACUGACAGGCCCAUGUGCCCACAGCUUCCAAUCUGAUAUUUUGGGAAUGGAUGUUGAGGUCCUCAUUCUCUGGGACUGAAGAUAAAUGAAACCAAAAAUCACAGGGUAUUUCAUGUGAAAGGACAUUGUGAUGGAUGCUUUCUUCUCCCUCCUGGCCCACCACCAGCAGCCACUAAUGCUUUCUUCUUCCUCUUUUUCUCUUUCUUCUCUAUCUCCGUGCUGCCUUUGGCCCUCUGACAAACCAUGGAUCAGCAACCAGCACCAGCUGUCCUCUCGUCACCCACGUGAGGCACACAUGUGCUUCAGGAUAUCUCAGUAGACCCAACCCCAGAGGCCUGGUUGGAGCAACCAGGACGCACUGCCCCCACCCAACUUUGCCCGCCCCCUCACACUUCUUCUCUCCAUCUGGCUUGUGUGCUUGGCUCCAGCUCCUGAUGUGAGGCCAGUGUCCAGACAGGAAGGACUCCCCUGACAAUGCCAGGGGAGGACGAAGGACAGAGAGGCCUGAGAACAGAACAGCUGGAAAGAUGAGAUAUGAAACAGCCACCUCACCCUCCCCUUGAGGGCAUGAUAGAAUUUCAGCACCCAUGUCAAUGAGGGACAAGGAUCCCAUACUGACGGCCAUGUCAGAAGAUUCCCAAAAGAGAAAAAAGAGGGAGAGGCAAACCAGGAACCAGAUUCUUCACUCUAGAGAACACACUGCUGGUCACCAGUGGGGAGGGAGGUGGGGGAGGGGGGAAACAGGUGAGGAGGAUGAGAAGAGCACGUGUCCUGAUGAGCCCCAUUUGAGGAACAUCUGUGAUGAUCACGAGAACACCUACAACGCAGACAUCGCCUACACCAUCCUCAGUCAGGACCCCUCGGUACCUCAAUCCAACAUGUUCGCCAUCAACCGGGACUCGGGAGUCAUCUCUGUGCUCGCUCCUGGGCUGGACCAACAGAGCACCCCUGCGUACACCCUGACGGUCCAAGCUGCCGACCUUGGAGGCGAAGGCUUACGCACGACUGCAACAGUUGUGAUCACAGUCACCCAGAGCAACCCCAACCCUCCCAUCUUCAGCCCCACCUGGUACGUGGGCCGGGUGUUUGAGAACAAGGUGGAUGCAGGGAUAGUAAGGCUGAAGGUGAAGGACGCAGACGUCCCUGGCUCCCCCGCAUGGAAGGCUGUGUUCUCCAUCCUGAAUGACAGAGCGGGGCUCUUCACUGUCACCACGGACCGCGAGACCAAUGACGGCCUUCUGAAAACAGCCAAGUUGGGUGGUUUGGAUUUUGAGACCACACAGCAAUACACCCUCUACGUGACAGUGGCGAAUGCGGUGCCCUUGGCGUCUCUCCCCACGUCCACAGCCACCGUCACCGUGGAUGUAAUGGACGUGAAUGAGCCCGUCUUCGUACCCCCGAUAAAGAUGGUGGAAGUGCCCAAGGAUGUUGGUGUGGGCCAGGAAAUAACAUCAUAGAGGGCCCAGGACCCAGACAGCCUCCAGUGUCAGAAAAUCAGGUACCAGAUAUGGCACGACCCAAGCCAUCGGCUGGACAUCAACUCAGAAACAGGCGUCAUUUCCACUCGAGCCAGUCUGCACAGGGAUGACAUGAAGAACCACACAUUUUCAGCGGUUGUCAUAGCUACAGAUGAUGGGCAACCACCUGCCACGGGCAGCGGGACCCUUGUCCUCACUUUGUCUGACACAGACUGCCCAACAGUGGACUCACAGUGCCUUUCCACCUGCCAGAGGGGACCAGAGCUCCCAGCUGGCAGAGGCAUGGAGUCGACCAGCAGCCCACUGACCACACACGUGCUGGACACUGCCUCGGGGCUUCCAGCCCAGGGCCUCUGCCUCUGUCUGUCCAGGCUGGAGGACCACGGCCAACAGUGGAUGGAGUUGAGGAAAAGCUACACCGACUCAGACGGCCGCUGCCCAGGGCUCCUGCCACCAGGCCCGGUGAAGGCAGGCACCUACAAGCUGUCCUUUGACACCGAGGGCUACUGGAAGAAGAGGGGGCAGGAGAGCUUCUACCCAUACGUGGAGGUUGUUUUCACCAUCACCGAUGAGACCCGCAGGUUCCACGUGCCCCUGCUGCUGAGCCCAUGGUCCUACACCACGUAUCGAGGGAGCUAGUGGCCAAGCCGUCGCCUCUGGCCAGCUGCUGGCCUCGAAGCAUCGAUCCACAGCUCACUGAGGCGCCAAGAGAGGGCACCGGGCCACACUCCCUCUGUGGGAGGUUCCGGCACUCUAUCUCCAGGGACAGCUGAGUCUCGGGCAUCAAUAAAGUCGAUGCUGGCAUCUGGAAGGCCA